UUUUUUAAUUUUAUUGUCUUGUUGUAAGAGAUAUUGUGAAUGGUAAAGUGGAACAAAAGAUAUAAAAAUUGGAUGCAAAUUCAUAGAUAUGAACUAAGGAUAUAUGUUGCUGCAGAAUCUCGAAGUGCAGCAUUUUACUCUGAAUAAAGAUAUGUAAACAGAUAAUAAUAGUAAAAUAUUCGUACUGACACUGACAGCCAAAGAAAUGUUUUUAUUUUCUUUAAAAGGAGCAUUGCUUUAGGUGUAUCUAGCAAAGAAAUAUUAAAAUAGAGAAAAAUUAUAUUUAUAUACAGUAUUCUGAUCCAAUAACUUGUAUGUCAAAAAUGAAACUGACUUUAAUCUAUGGAGCUUCCAGUCCAACCAUGGCAACUAAAACUUCAACUUCAUUCAGUGACUACUAUUUAUAUGGGUCUAACAUUGGCAAUAGUACUUUAUCACCAGCUGUUAUAGAAAAGGAAGACAUAUGUAAAUGGAUCUUGUACGAUGAAAUAGGAAACUCUAGUGUUCGUAUUUGGGAUUUAAGUAUACUUAUUCCAAAUCUUUUAUUCCUGUUAUUUCUUGCACUUCGUUUCGACCGAGCUCGACUAAAGUUGCGGGCUACAAGCAGUCCUAUAUUUUCUGCUUUUUAUGUUCUGGUCUUUGUAAAUGCUGUCAUCAGUGUGAUUCGAUGUAUCGUUUCAAUGACAGUGAAUGCAGCAGUGUUUGCUGGAGAUGUGACAGAUAAGAUUCUUUGGGUGAUAGUACGAUUCUUUCUUCUCUCUACAGAAAUGAGUGUUCUAGUAUUUGGUCUAGCCUUUGGGCACUUAGAUAGUAGUACAAGCAUCAGACGAGUCCUCCUUGUCACGUCCUUUAUCUCGUUGGCUUACUCCGGUACACAGGGUGCUUUAGAAAUAAUUGUACCAGAUGAAAACUUUCACAUUGCUCAUAAAGACUAUGAUAUCUUUGCCCAUGGGGGAAUGCUUUUCUGGCUUGUCAGCUCUAUUAUUUUUGCUGCAGUGUAUUUUAUAAUUUUCGUUUUACCAUGGACAAAACUGAGACAAAGAUUGGCUCUUCCCUCCAAAAGAUCAUUUUACUGGUAUGCGUUGUUUUUGACCUCAGUGAACGGCAUUCAGGCUAUCGGUAGUGGACUGAUAUAUCAUGGAGAGAUUGAUGGAAUUUGUUUGGUGGAUGUGACAACCUACAUAUAUUUCACACUUUUCACUCCCUUGGUAUACUCAACAUUUCUAGCAGGAUUUUUCAGUGUGUCCCAUCCUAGUAUCCUGUUUUCUUACAAAGCACAGGUAGAUGAUGUGGGAGAUGAUGACAUUGUGAGCUUGCCGCAUCACCUGUCUUGUUCCUCUCUGAAGACAGACUCUGACUAUAUUUACCAGAAUAACUUCCUUGACAGCACUCAGUUUGAUGUUAAUCCCCUCUACAUACACUCCCUCCAGUCUCCGGACAGCUUCACUGGUUUUGCUGAGAGUGUCGGAAACAUUGAUAGCUCACAACUUCAAACAACAACAAUCACAAUGAGCAACUAUGCCAAACAGGAGUAAACAAUACUCCUUUGUAUUGCUAAGUAUAUAUGAUAAGAGAAAUUGUAAAUACUUAAUUUUGUAGUCUUCAUGCUAAUCAAGUCUGAAGCAGCUUGUUAGGUGAAAGCUCAAAUUUUAACAGUUAUAAGUACAUUUCAACAAGUUUACUUAUUAGCUUGGUUAUUUCCUAAUUAGCAUAUAAUAUCUUUACAAAUAAGUAAGUACAAAUUAAGGUGUAUAUAUAAUGUUUUCAGCAAUUACAUUAAUUCAUGUAUUUAAAUAGUUAUGUAGAAUGUUUGUCUUGAAUUUGAAAAGUGUUGCCUUUAGUACCAGUAAAAGAUCUGUGAAUAUGUCAAAAUUGUUUUUGCAUUUUGUUUAAAUAAGUCAUCCAGAUUACUGUAUUUUUUAAUUAAAUAUUUUACUUAAAAUCCCAACAAAUUCUCCUUUUAUUUUUUUUUCAAAUAAGCCAAUUUUUAAAGUAAUUAGCAUGUUCUUAUAAAUUUUAUUAAUUAGCCUUACUUAAUGAAUGAUUCUCUGUGUAAAUGGCAUUUCUUAUAAUCCUUUGUCUCUCGUCAUCCAGCCCAACUGACAAGUUGGAUUGAAAAAAGACCAUAUUGGGCAGUGACUUGUGGGAAACAAAAGAUAGAUCUGAAAUACUAUUUGUUACACACAUCUUAUUUUGACCUUCAAUGGAUAAGUUAAGAAGAAUGCAGAAAAAUACAGAAAAUAAGAAAAAAAAAUUGUUCCAAUAUUUCAUCAACUUUUGGCAUUUAAACUGUAACAAAUGACCCUACCUGAAAUUUCAAAUUGGACUUAAAGAGCAGACAUAGUGAUUAUAUUCAAAAGUACAAGAUAACUGGAGGAACAUAUGUGUUAUCUAGUCUCCUCUUUGCCAUAGAAAUGUUUCGAUUACAUAUUAUAUAAAUAUCUGUUGAACAACAUUGACAUCCAAGUCUACGAAGGGUUGUAUAUGCAACUAAUAUAAGUGUAUUAUAUGUGUGUGGAACAUUUCUGAGUUGAUAAAGUACUUGGAUAUAAUAUUUAUUUUGUUAUUAUAAGUGUGAAAUUCACAUAGGAAGUUAACAAGCACUUUUUUUUUCCAUUUUCAAAUUUGCUAAACAGUUAUUUCCCUGAUAUCCAUUAUAACCUUGAUGAGUCAUAGAGUGCAUCCAUAUGAUGAUUUUGAUGUUUUUCUCUAAUUCUAAAACCUUUAUUGGUCAUAUGAUGUAUCCUUAUGGGGAUUUUGUUCUGUUUGUUUGCUUCUGUAACAUUGUUCAGUGUAUCAGUAUGAGAAUUUUGUUCUGUUUGUUUGCUUCUGUAACAUUGUUCAGUGUAUCAAUAUGAGAAUUUUGUUCUGUUUGUUUACUUCUGUAACAUUGUUCAGCCAAAUUAUGCAUCCAUGUGGUGUAUUUUGUCUAUUUCUGUAAACUUGUUCAGUCCAACAAUUAAUUUGUGUAGGUUUUCUUGUUGUUUUAUUUGUAUUUCUGUAAACUUGUUCAGUCCAACAAUUAAUUUGUGUAGGUUUUCUUGUUGUUUUAUUUGUAUUUCUGUAAACUUGUUCAGUCCGACAAUUAAUUUGUGUAGGUUUUCUUGUUGUUUUAUUUGUAUUUCUGUAAACUUGUUCAGUCCGACAAUUAAUUUGUGUAGGUUUUCUUGUUGUUUUAUUUGUAUUUCUGUAAACUUGUUCAGUCCGACAAUUAAUUUGUGUAGGUUUUCUUGUUGUUUUAUUUGUAUUUCUGUUUCCUAAACAUUAAUCUAAAACUUUUGAACAGUUGUUGGUUUCAUGUCAUGAUUAUUCAUCCAAAACAUACUGUAAACAAAUUUAUUUAUUUUGGUAAACCAACAACUGUUUGUCCUUUAAAGUGAAAAUGAACCAAUUCAAGUAUUUGACACCUCACCAAACAGAAGGAAAAUAAAUGAAACAUCCACAGAGUUUACAGUAGAUUUUUACUUAAGAAGGAAAAUAAAAUUAAACAUCUAUGAAGUUUACAGUACAUCUUUACUUAAUUAGGAAAAUAUAAUGAAACAUCUACAAGGUUUACAGUACAUCUUACUUAAGAAGGAAAAUAAAAUGAAACAUCCAUGGAGUUUACAGUACAUCUUUACUUAAUUAGGAAAAUAUAAUGAAACAUCUACAAGGUUUACAGUACAUCUUACUUAAGAAGGAAAAUAAAAUGAAACAUCCAUGGAGUUUCCAGUACAUCUUUACAAUAUGUUAUAAUUAUGGUUUUAAUUGUUUUAGAUAUACAUAUUGAAAUUUAAUUGGAUCACAACUUGAGACUUGAAUAUUUAUAAGUUUUAUCAGUCACUUUGUUUGAUAGAGGUGUAUAUUUAUUUUGAGGUAUUUAGAUGUAUGUGUAUCAUGUAUUUUCUUUUUGACAUUUUAUGAACAUUAAUAGGACAUUUCUAAACAACAUAUUCUUAUCUUUGUCACAUAAACAAAAAAUGGUAAUGUUGGAAUAUAUUGUAUCUUGAAAAAGUUUGUUUGUUUACAUGUAAUGUUAGUCUGCUUUUUGAAAAGUUAAUGGAAUUAUAUUGAAGAGUGAUGACAAGUUGCAGCAUUGAGUAAAAUAUUUGUCAUUUUUUCAGGAACUGAUUUUGUAAUUUCAGUGCUAUUAUUAGUGAUUUUUACAUUCUAUUUUUAAAUAAUGUCAAUUUUACAACAACCUAAGGAACAAACUAAUAAUAAUGAUAAAAUCACACUAGCUUGAAAAUUGUUUUUCCAUUUCUGUUAAUUAGUCCAUUAUUGAUUUGGAAUUAUAGGAUUGUAAAAAGCAACAUGCAAGGCAGAUAAAAAACAUGAAUUUAAAAUACUAAUUUUACAUGCCUCUAAUUUCAAAUCUGUAAUGGACUAAUUAAGAUGAAUUUACGGAAAACAUCUGCAGCCUGUUGUAACUUUUAUUGCUCUUAUUAGGCCUGUUGGUUUCAUUGCUUUGCUGGCUUUUGUUGUAGUGUUAGGUUACUGAAACAACCACUGUUGUCUGUGUUCUGAUAGGUGUUCCCUUGAAGCUCUGAAACAGUGUUGUAGUGUUAGAUUACUGAAACAACCACUGUUGUCUGUGUUCUGAUAGGUGUUCCCUUGAAGCUCUGAAACAGUGUUGUAGUGUUAGAUUACUGAAACAACCACUGUUGUCUGUGUUCUGAUAGGUGUUCCCAUGAAGCUGUGAAACAGUGUUGUAGUGUUAGGUUAUUGAAACAACCACUGUUGUCUGUGUUCUGAUAGGUGUUCCCUUGAAGCUCUGAAACAGUGUUGUAGUGUUAGGUUAUUGAAACAACCACUGUUGUCUGUGUUCUGAUAGGUGUUCCCUUGAAGCUGUGUAACACUGUUUUGAUGAUCAACUUAAAGUUAUGUGACACCAAUAAAAAUUCACUUUUAUAUUUUGUGUAUCGUUUAAUGAUCAUUUGUUAGGUUUUUUUUGCACAGUUUGAACUGAGUGCAUGAUUGAAAAAAACUUGCUAAUUAAACAGUGUGUAAAUAAAUAAAAUUUGUUUUAAGUUUUAUCAAGUGUUCUUAAAUAAAGAGAUUGGUUAAAGACAACUUUAUACCUAAGAAAUGAUCACAGUGCCAAAAAUGAUUGAAUUGGUGUAAUAACUCUUUCCUCCAAACUUUCUGAACCAUUUUUUAAACAAUAUUACUGUGUUUAAUAUUUAUUAGAAGAUAGUAUCUGAAUUUGCACAUUGUCUUUUUAUCAUUUACCUAUUGGUAUAUGGGGUCAUUAGAAGGAAGGACUAUA